AAAGGCACAUUGUUGGCCAGUUGAUCAGAUGAAUUGGUCAAUGCAUUCUACGAUGCUGAUUGGGCCUCUUGUCCACUUACCAGGAAUUCUGUUACAGGCUACAUUAUCAAGAUUGGUAAGUCCUUAGUCUCAUGGAAAGCCAAGAAGCAAACUACAGUGUCAAGAAGUUCAGUUGAGGCUGAGUAUAUGAGUCUUGCUUCUACUGUGCUUGAAUGUGCUUCUGUGACUACGACGUUGAUCCAUAAGGUAAAAUACCCUCUUGAUCUCUUCACUUGUUUUCCACUAAAAAGUGAAGGUGCAGCCCUGUUAUGUUGUGUUUGUAACCAAGUUAUGAAUAGGCAAUCCGCUUGGCUUUUCUACAAUCGCGAGUUUGAUUACAUAUGUCAUUUCGAGUGUGCUGCUGAAGAAGAACUGGGAGUUAUAGGAUAUCAAAGUUUUCUAUCUCAAGUACAGAAAUCCUUGCUCCUCCAAAAGAGUUGUCCUGGAAAACAAUCCAAACUCGGAGAAGUUACACACUUCAGCCAUCGACAUCCAUUGAAAGCAAUCAAACAAACGAAUGAGGCAUCAAUCACGGGUUGCAGCAUAUGUUCAAGCCAGGCUUUGUCCGGUUACAUUUGCCAGCUAUGCAAUUACUUCAUCGACGACACUUGUUUCCCUUUUCCGCAAAAGAUACAACACCAUUUUCACCCAAAUCACCCUUUUAUACGCGGUAGCUAUACCGAUCAUCCAAUGUUCCAAUGUGCAGCUUGUAUUCACGAAAAAGGUCCAGCAUACCAUUGCUCUACUUGUAAAUUCAGUCUCCAUCGCAGUUGUGCUGGAGCUCCCAUGACAUUAACCCUUGGCACAAACAAGAAACUUUCUUAUAAGCUCCUCUAUUCGUAUCCAUAUGACGGUGAGAUGGCAGUUAUCAAAUGCAGUGAUUGUUCCAGGGAGUUAAACUCAAAGCAAGGCUUGUUGUACUACAAUUUCGGCCACGAUGAAGUGCUUCAUGUCCAAUGUGCGCUUGUUAAAGAAGCUAACUCUUAUGUGUUGGUAAAAACGCGGACAAACACAAAAAUAUAUAUGCUAUUAUUGAGUAUGGGAUGGACCCCACAUUAUGAUACUAAGUUUUUUAUAGCUUCUGAAAGAUUGAGAAGUAUGAAAAUAGAGGAAGACCACUCUUAA